CUGCAGAAUUAGACGGGCUGUCACUCCACUGAUCUUCACUGCUGGGGUCACAUUAAGGUAAAGCAUGGGAGAUGCCCAGAUGAAAGAGUUUGGGGCGGCAGCCCCAUACCUGCGAAAGUCGGACAAGGAGCGUCUGGAGGCCCAGACUCGCCCCUUCGACAUGAAGAAGGAGUGCUUUGUCCCUGACACUGACGAGGAGUAUGUCAAGGCUACCGUUCUUAGCAGAGAUGGAGACAGAGUUACUGCUGAAACUGAGAGAGGGAAGACUGUAACUGUGAAGGAGGCUGAGGUCCACCCUCAGAACCCGCCAAAGUUCGAUAAAAUUGAGGACAUGGCGAUGUUCACCUUCCUGCAUGAGCCUGCUGUGCUGUAUAACCUCAAAGAGCGUUAUGCAGCCUGGAUGAUCUACACCUACUCUGGCCUGUUCUGUGUCACUGUCAACCCCUACAAGUGGCUGCCAGUGUACAAUCAGGAGGUGGUCGUUGCCUACAGAGGCAAGAAGAGGAGUGAAGCUCCUCCUCAUAUCUUCUCCAUCUCUGAUAACGCCUAUCAGUACAUGCUGACAGACAGAGAAAAUCAGUCUAUUCUCAUCACUGGAGAAUCUGGUGCUGGGAAGACUGUGAACACCAAGAGAGUCAUUCAGUAUUUCGCAAGUAUUGCAGCUGCAGGACCCAAGAAGGACGCUGCAUCUGAAAAAAAGGGCACCCUGGAGGAUCAAAUCAUCCAGGCCAACCCAGCCCUGGAGGCCUUUGGAAAUGCAAAGACCAUCAGAAAUGACAACUCCUCAAGAUUUGGCAAGUUCAUCAGAAUUCACUUUGGGGCAAGUGGAAAAUUGGCUUCUGCUGAUAUUGAGACUUAUCUUCUGGAGAAGUCUCGUGUGACUUUCCAGCUCAAGGCUGAGAGAGACUAUCACAUCUUCUACCAGAUCUUGUCCCAAAGGAAACCAGAACUGCUGGAAAUGCUGCUCAUUACCGCCAAUCCUUACGACUACGCCUUCAUCUCCCAAGGAGAGACGACAGUAGCCUCUAUUAAUGAUUCUGAAGAGCUGAUGGCCACUGAUGAAGCCUUUGAUGUGCUGGGCUUCACUCAGGAAGAGAAGAACAGCAUUUACAAGCUGGUUGGUGCCAUCAUGCACUACGGCAACAUGAAGUUCAAGCAGAAGCAACGAGAGGAGCAGGCAGAAGCUGAUGGCACUGAGGAUGCUGAUAAGGCUGCCUAUCUGAUGGGUCUGAAUUCUGCUGACCUCAUCAAGGGUCUGUGUCAUCCAAGGGUCAAAGUAGGGAAUGAAUGGGUCACCAAGGGACAGAAUGUCCAGCAGGUGUAUUAUGCUGUUGGUGCUCUGUCAAAGGCAGUGUACGAAAGAAUGUUCCUCUGGAUGGUGGUGAGAAUCAACCAAUCUCUGGACACCAAACAGCCUCGCCAGUACUUCAUUGGUGUGCUGGAUAUUGCAGGAUUUGAGAUCUUUGAUUUCAACACCUUUGAGCAGCUGUGCAUCAACUUCACCAACGAGAAGCUGCAGCAGUUCUUCAACCACCACAUGUUUGUGCUGGAGCAGGAGGAAUACAAGAAAGAGGGUAUUGAAUGGGAGUUCAUUGACUUCGGCAUGGACUUGCAGGCUUGCAUUGACCUAAUUGAAAAGCCCAUGGGUAUCAUGUCUAUCCUUGAAGAGGAGUGCAUGUUCCCCAAGGCCACCGAUGCCACCUUUAAAGCAAAGUUGUAUGACAACCAUCUGGGGAAAUCAAACAACUUCCAGAAGCCCAGGAUUGUCAAGGGGAAACCAGAGGCCCAUUUCUCCUUGAUUCAUUAUGCUGGCACUGUUGACUACAACAUUAUCAACUGGCUGGUGAAGAACAAGGACCCCCUGAAUGAGACUGUUGUUGGGCUGUACCAAAAGUCUACUAUGAAGUUAUUGGGCAUACUUUUUGCAAACUAUGCUGGUGCAGACUCUGCAAUGGAACAGCAAUCAGGAGGUGGUAAGGGCAAGGGAGGUGGAACAAAGAAGAAGGGUUCCUCCUUCCAGACUGUGUCUGCUCUUCACAGGGAGAACCUGAAUAAGCUGAUGACAAACUUGAGGUCCACUCACCCUCACUUUGUGCGCUGCAUCAUCCCCAAUGAGACCAAGACUCCUGGGGCCAUGGAGAAUCCACUGGUGAUGCACCAGCUGCGCUGUAACGGUGUGCUGGAAGGCAUCAGGAUCUGCAGAAAGGGCUUCCCCAACAGGAUCCUGUAUGGGGACUUCAAGCAGAGAUACCGCAUCCUGAACCCUGCUGCUAUCCCUGAGGGACAGUUCAUUGACAGCAGGAAGGGUGCAGAAAAACUGCUGGGGUCUCUGGAUAUUGACCACAAUCAGUACAAGUUUGGACACACUAAGGUAUUCUUCAAAGCUGGUCUACUGGGUACUCUGGAGGAGAUGAGAGAUGACCGUCUGGCUCUCAUCAUCACUGCAAUCCAGGCCAGGUCCCGUGGUCUUCUCGCAAGAAUUGAGUUCCAGAAAAUUGUUGAACGAAGGGACGCCUUGCUUGUGAUCCAAUGGAAUGUCCGUGCCUUCAUGGGUGUGAAGAACUGGCCCUGGAUGAAGCUCUAUUUCAAGAUCAAACCUCUGCUGAGGUCUGCUGAGGCUGAGAAAGAGAUGGCCAAUAUGAAGGAGGAGUUCCUGAAGCUUAAAGAGGCAUAUGCUAAAUCUGAGGCCCGCAGGAAGGAGCUUGAAGAGAAAAUGGUCUCUCUUCUCCAAGAGAAGAAUGAUCUGCAGCUUCAAGUCCAGGCUGAACAAGAUAAUCUCUGUGAUGCUGAGGAGCGAUGUGAAGGGCUGAUCAAGAAUAAGAUCCAGCUUGAGGCUAAAAUCAAAGAGCUGACAGAGAGACUGGAGGAUGAGGAGGAAAUGAAUGCAGAGCUAACUGCCAAGAAGAGGAAGCUGGAGGAUGAGUGCUCUGAGCUGAAGAAGGACAUUGAUGAUCUGGAGCUCACUCUGGCUAAAGUAGAGAAGGAAAAGCAUGCCACUGAGAAUAAGGUGAAGAACCUGACUGAGGAAAUGGCAGCUCUGGACGAAAUCAUCGCCAAGCUGACCAAGGAGAAGAAGGCUCUUCAGGAGGCUCACCAGCAAACCCUGGAUGACCUGCAGAGUGAGGAGGACAAAGUGAACACGCUGACCAAGGCAAAAGCCAAACUGGAGCAGCAAGUCGAUGAUCUGGAGGGAUCACUGGAACAGGAAAAAAAGAUUCGAAUGGAUCUUGAGAGAGCAAAGAGGAAGCUUGAGGGAGACUUGAAGCUUACUCAGGAGAAUGUAAUGGACCUGGAGAAUGACAAGCAGCAGCUGGAGGAGAGACUAAAGAAAAAAGACUUUGAGAUCAGUCAGCUAAAUAGCAAAAUUGAAGAUGAAUUGGCCUUGGCUGCUCAGCUCCAGAAGAAACUGAAGGAGCUGCAGGCUCGCAUUGAGGAGUUGGAAGAAGAGCUUGAGGCUGAGAGAGCUGCCCGUGCUAAGGUGGAAAAACAAAGAGCAGACUUAUCCAGAGAGCUGGAGGAGAUCAGUGAGAGGCUGGAGGAGGCUGGUGGGGCCACAGCUGCUCAGAUUGAGAUGAACAAGAAGAGGGAGGCAGAAUUCCAGAAGGUGCGCAGAGACCUUGAAGAGGCCACACUGCAGCAUGAGGCUACAGCUGCCACACUGAGGAAGAAACACGCUGACAGUGUGGCUGACUUGGGAGAGCAGAUUGAUAACCUGCAGAGAGUGAAACAGAAGCUAGAAAAGGAGAAGAGUGAGCUUAGACUGGAGCUGGACGAUGUGGUGUCCAACAUGGAACAGAUUGUUAAGUCUAAGACAAACUUAGAGAAGAUGUGCAGGACUCUCGAAGAUCAGAUGAAUGAGUACAGAACCAAGUUUGAGGAAGGUCAACGCAGCAUCAAUGACUUCACUAUGCAGAGAGCUAAGCUACAGACUGAGAAUGGGGAGCUUGCCAGACAGCUUGAGGAGAAAGACUCCCUAGUCUCUCAGCUGACAAGAGGAAAGCAGUCCUACACCCAGCAAACUGAAGACCUCAAAAGACAGCUGGAAGAGGAAGUCAAGGCGAAGAAUGCACUGGCCCAUGCAGUUCAGUCAGCUCGUCAUGACUGUGACCUGCUGAGAGAGCAGUAUGAGGAGGAACAGGAGGCCAAGGCUGAGCUGCAACGCAGUCUCUCCAAGGCCAACUCUGAGGUGGCUCAGUGGAGAACUAAGUAUGAGACUGAUGCCAUCCAGAGGACUGAGGAGCUGGAGGAUGCAAAGAAGAAACUGGCUCAGCGACUGCAGGAUGCAGAGGAAGCUGUGGAAGCUGUGAACGCUAAAUGCUCCUCCCUGGAGAAGACCAAACACAGGCUGCAGAAUGAGAUUGAAGAUCUCAUGGUAGAUGUGGAGAGAUCCAAUGCAGCUGCUGCCGCUCUGGACAAGAAGCAAAGGAACUUUGACAAGGUCCUGGCUGAGUGGAAGCAGAAGUAUGAAGAGUCACAGAGUGAGUUAGAGAGCUCCCAGAAGGAAGCCAGAUCUCUGAGCACUGAGCUCUUCAAGCUGAAGAACUCUUAUGAGGAGUCUCUGGAUCACCUGGAGACCAUGAAGCGGGAGAAUAAGAACCUGCAAGAGGAAAUUUCUGAUCUCACUGAGCAACUUGGUGAGGGAGGAAAGAGCAUUCAUGAACUGGAGAAAAUAAGGAAGCAGCUGGAGCAAGAGAAAACUGAGAUCCAAACUGCACUAGAGGAAGCAGAGGCAUCUCUAGAGCAUGAGGAAGGGAAGAUUCUGAGAGCCCAGUUGGAGUUUAAUCAAGUAAAGGCUGACAUUGAACGCAAACUGGCUGAAAAAGAGGAGGAGAUGGAACAGGCCAAGCGAAACCAGCAAAGAGUAGUGGACACCCUGCAAAGCUCACUGGAAGCAGAAACUCGCAGCAGGAAUGAAGCUCUCAGGCUGAAGAAGAAGAUGGAGGGAGACCUCAAUGAGAUGGAGAUACAGCUCAGCCAGGCCAACAGGCAGGCAGCCGAGGCCCAGAAGCAGCUCAAGGGCCUCCACUCUCACCUGAAGGAUGCUCAACUGCAGCUGGAUGAAUCCCUUCGUGCCAAUGAUGACCUGAAGGAGAAUAUUGCCAUUGUCGAAAGGCGCAACAAUCUGCUGCAGGCAGAACUUGAUGAGCUGAGGUCUAUGGUAGAACAGACUGAAAGAGGCCGCAAACUGGCUGAGCAGGAACUGCUGGAUGUCAGUGAGAGAGUACAGCUUCUACACUCACAGAACACCAGCCUGCUCAACCAGAAGAAGAAGCUGGAGGGUGACACAUCCCAGCUUCAGACUGAAGUGGAAGAGGCUGUACAGGAGUGCAGGAAUGCUGAAGAAAAAGCCAAAAAGGCCAUCACUGAUGCUGCCAUGAUGGCAGAGGAGCUGAAGAAGGAGCAGGACACCAGUGCUCACCUGGAGCGCAUGAAGAAGAACAUGGAGCAGACCAUCAAGGACCUGCAGCACCGCCUGGAUGAAGCUGAGCAAAUCGCCAUGAAGGGGGGCAAGAAGCAGGUUCAGAAGCUGGAGGCUCGUGUGAGGGAGCUGGAAAAUGAGGUGGAAUUAGAGCAGAAGAAGAGCAGUGAUGCUGUGAAGGGAAUCCGUAAAUAUGAGAGACGCAUCAAAGAGCUCACCUACCAGACUGAGGAGGACCGUAAGAAUUUGGCCCGUCUGCAGGACCUGGUGGACAAGCUGCAGCUGAAGGUCAAGUCCUACAAGAGGACUGCAGAGGAGGCUGAGGAACAGGCGAACAGUAAUCUGACCAAGUUCCGCAAGAUGCAGCAUGAGCUGGAUGAGGCAGAGGAGCGAGCCGACAUAGCAGAGUCUCAGGUCAACAAGCUGCGCGCCAAGAGCCGUGAUGUGGGCUCAAAGAAAGGGCAUGAAGAAGAGUGAAGCUCUCAGAUGGACCUUUCUGAAACCUCUUGACUUGCUGUGUUGUAGUUUUCCCAUGUCCCCUUUCCUGUAAUUCUGUAGAAUAAACUUAAUUUGCAACUGAA